AUGGCUAUGCCUAGUAUGGGUAGCGAUUUCCAGCUCUUUUCCCCCGCCCAGUCUUCGGACAGAAGAGAGUCGCAGACGGAAUCCAUGGCGUUUCCUCAAUCAUCCCCGGAGGACUCAGGUCAGGAUUGGACACAAUGGAUGAGAUGGGAUGACCCUUCCUUCCCAGAGACCACCAACGAAAUCCCCCAAUCGGCCUUCGAUUUUUCCUUUACCUCGCCCGGCACGUCUAUCGGCAAGCAGAGCCUCGGUGCUGUUCAGAAGUCCGACUUCUCCCCAGAUAUUUCACUCGAUUGCGUGACGAAUCUUCCGUUUGAUUCCUUCCUAGGCCAGGAUGGCGGUGGUGGGCUUCCCCUCCACCGAAGUUCAAAUGCUGGCACGGAUAUGCAGUCUGCCCAGUCGACCACAUCUGGAUCGCCUAUGUCGCUAGCAGGUGCAAAACGCAAGUCGGGUAGUGAUGAUGAUGGAUCAACCGUUAGCGGCUCAGCGCCACCCGGAAAGAAGAUGCCUUCGAAGAAACGAGCCCACAAUGUGAUCGAAAAGCGAUACCGAGCCAACUUGAAUGAGAAAAUCGCCGAGCUCAGAGAUAGCGUCCCCAGCCUACGGGCUUCGAGACAUCUGGUCGAUGAAGAUGACGGGGAGGGUGUCACGCCAGCCAACAAGCUGAAUAAGGCCUCUAUCCUUUCCAAGGCAACAGAGUAUAUUCGACAUCUGGAAAUCCGUAAUAAGCGGCUGGAAGAUGAAAAUACUGCUCUCAAGAACAGGUUACGACAAUUGGACAAGGCCGUCGAUCAGAAUGUGACAUCAGCAGCCUCAGUAUCUUCACCGAGCAAUUACACCGAGUCCGGUGCCAGCUCGUCACCGAGCGUCUUCUCAAAUGCAGAAGAUGUUCCCAGUGACCCCUCCCCGACCUCUCUUCAUCCCCCAGAGGGUAUGAUUAAGGUGCCCGAUGCCUUCAAGCGUAUGCGGGCUGCGGCUCCGAGAGACGAGUCAUGGUCACAGUCUUACAUUCAAUACCCAAGCAGUAGUAAUGUAUCCCCUCAGUCGGGUGGGCGCAAACGUUCUCACUAUCCUAAUAAAUACAUGCUGGGCGCGCUUGCUGGCCUUAUGGUCUUCGAGGGAAUGAGUUCAGAAAAGAAGACAGAGUCGACAGCAAAAGGGCUCCUGGCUAUCCCGGUCAAUUUCUUCAACAACCUGCAACUUCCACCGAGCGGGUAUUGGGUUGCGGUUGCUCGCAGCUUUUGGUAUUCAUGGCACGCCCGCGCUAUUUCCCACUUUCUCAUCCUUGCCACUCUCGUCGUCGGCAGUGCCUUCAUUGUUUUCGUUUACCUUUUCAACUCCGGUGGGCCUGGGCUGCAGUACUCUUCUAAAACAGCUUCUGCCACGUUGUCGUCUAGCAACUUCCGGCGUCAGGCUUGGCUGACUAGCAUCCAACGGGUCGGAGUACCCCGGCAUAGAUUUUUUCACGAGUGGUAUGUUGUGACGUCGAGAUGUUUUGAAUACGUCUUGCGUUGUUUACUCGGAUGGAAGCUCUACUCGUGGGCUACAGGAAUUACAGAAGAGGACGAAAAGGGCCGAGUGAAGACAUGGGACAUUGCGAUCGAUGCUCAGCUGGCUGGCGGUGACGCAGAGGUUAGCAAAAGUCGUCUCGUUUUGACCAUUUUUGCUGCUGGUACCCUCCCUCGAAGCCCAAUGCGAAUGAUGCUUAAAGCUUUCCAUUGUCGCAUUUUGCUUUGGCGCGUGGGCGACCCAGGCUCUUGGACCUUCAACGUCUCCAACGACGUUGCGCGUAGCCUGGCACGGUACCAAUGGGACCUUGCUCGCAAGAUGAAUUCGUCCCUGCCAGAAGACCACCCGGAUGCCCUCCCCAGCCAUCUAGCCGCCUUGCUUGAGCUUGAUAGUGAGGAGGUCAUGAUUGAUAGUGUUAUCCAAAGAGCCGCAAAUCUCACCUGGAACCGUCCCACCCAAGAAGGGACGGAUGGCGACGAAGCCCUACUUGACGUAGUGGAAGAGGAUCCUGCCAUUCAAUCCUCGUUGGAUGCACUUGCUGCGUGGUGGUCUAGCCAUCUGUUACAACGUGCUCUUCUGAGAUACUUCGAGGCUAGUGCUGGCGGCCAAGAUAGGAGGAAGAGCCGCGAUUCUUUCAAACUCAAACUUAGAACAGCUCUCAACGUAGCACCUCAGCCGUCGGCGGCACAUACUCGUGCUCUAGUUAUGCAAGCUGUUUUCUUCGAACAAGAUCGCGUUGCUAAUAUCAACAUGGUUCUUGCAGCACUGCCUAAUGACAAAGGAAAGACCAAGAAAGCACAGGCUUCAAACUUCCUCGACUCUUCUCUCCCCGCAUCUGUCCGUGAUGAGAUCAAUAUUGCCGUGCGCUGUGCAAUGAUUGCAGCCAUCUUCACAGCACGGACCACCGGAGAUGCCUCCCUCCCCUCGUCCUUCACGAUGCAGAAAGCCAUUUCCUGGUUUAACCAGCUACCCUUGGACCCCGUUGAGUUAACUCUUCUUGGAUUCGCCGCUACCUAUCAUCUUCUGCACGUUCUGGCCUCGGAUACCGACUACAUGAAUUCGUCAGAUUCCUCAGCUCCCUCUUCACCUGUUUCCAGACAUCGAUCCUUGUCUUCUGGCGAUGAGUCUGACAGACCGGCGCCCACCCACAACCCGAAAUGCUCACCCCCUCUAAUCCCCAAUCUAAGCCGUGUGGCUUCAGAACUAUCGUACUGGGCGAAGAACGCGUACAACCCGGCUUUCUACGGAUUCACUUCUCAUCUUGUCGGAGUUGUUGACUCAGAAUGCAAGUCCCUGUGCCAUAACGCGGGGGUCGACUUGGUCGACUAUUCUCGUAUCCAAGAGGAGAGACGGGAGGCUAUACGGAAUAAGGACAAGAAGAAGAAACCACUGAUCGACGAUUUAAUGGUCCCCGGAUCGAGUUUGAAGCUACGCCGCAUGCGGCUGGCCUGUGUGGCUGAAAAGUUUAAGCCACGCGGUGAUCAGGUCUGUAUUGAUCGUGUGAUCCUGGUUGGGCCAAAUGACAUCUCAGUGACGUUCAAGUUCACCACUGAAACGUAG